AUGGCAGAACGCAUAUUGAUGAACGAGUACAAAUCCCUGGUAAAAGAAGACUGGGUUCAUAUCGAUCUCAAUAAUGACGACGUCUUCAACUGGACCAUCGGGCUCAUCGUGCUGAACCCUGAUUCUCUCUACUACGGCGGCUAUUUCAGAGCCAUCAUGACAUUUCCCAAAAACUACCCCUACUCCCCGCCUGAAUUCCGCUUCGCCCGCCCAUUAUACCACCCAAACAUCUACGAGGACGGCAAGAUCUGCAUCUCCAUCCUCCACGCACCGGGCGAGGACGAAAUGUCCGGUGAACUAGCCUCAGAACGCUGGUCCCCCGCCCAGCGCGUCGAGUCCGUCCUCAUCUCCAUCCUCUCCCUGCUCGACGAUGCAGAAAUCUCAUCACCCGCCAACGUCGACGCCUCCGUCAUGCUCCGCAAGAACCCAGAAAACUACAAACAAAUCGUCCGGCAGUGCGUGGAGCGGUCGAGAAGCGAUAUCCCCGAGGGCUUUGUCAUGCCCACGCAUGAAUCGACCAUGCGGAAGCCCGUCGAGAAGUUCGAUGAUGAGGACUUCUGGGUUGACAGCGACGUUGAUGGCGAUGAUGUGUUUGGGGGGAGCGAUUCGGAUGGGGAUAUGGAUUUUGAUCAGGAUACUGGAACUGAAGAAGAGGAGGAUGAAGAGAAGGAGGAAACGAAAUAG